AUGAUCGAACUUUCCGAGGGAUUGAAGUUAGCUCAUUUAAAUAUACUAUCCCUACGAAAUACAGCCCAUUUCUUGCAGUUGAAAGAACUCGUUAGAACAAAUAGAAUUGACGUCUUUACUAUCUCCGAGACAUGGUUGAACACUACGAUAACAAAUAAGAAAUUAAAAAUCGAUGGUUACAAAUUACAUCGCCUGGAUCGAUUGUAUAAGAAAGGCGGCGGUGUUUGUGCAUACGUUCGUAAAAACAUAAGGUCAUCGGUAAUCAAAGAACUUACUCAGAUCUCUGACACAAGCUUCCAUCAAUUAUGGAUUAAUUUGCAGUGUAAGAAAACUAAGUCCUUACUGGCCUGUGUCUGUUAUCGUCUUCCAGAUUGUCCACUUGACUGUUUCGAAAAUUCUCUUAAACCUCAGUACGUCCAUGCUCUCGGUAUGCGAAAACCGAUCAUCAUCUUGGGAGACCUAAAUUGCAACAUGCUGAACACAACAAGUCGAGAAUGUAAAUCAUUAACCGAAAUGACGUCAGAACUCAAUCUCAAACAAAUUAUCGAAUCUCCAAUCCGCAUCACAGACAUUAGCCAAUCUUUGAUUGACGUGAUUUUGGUCAGUUCUCCUAAUACCGUACGUGACAGUGGUGUCCUAAACUGCACUAUCAGUUAUCAUCUACCCGUGUAUGUUACGCUUAAGCUAAAGUCUACCAAACCACCACCCACCAACAUUACAGUUCGCAGCUAUAGGAACUACGACCACGAAUUAUUUGCCGCUGAUCUCGCAUCUAAAUCUGAACGCCUUCUUUCCAUCUUUUCAGUCAAUGAUAUUAAUGAAAAACUCAAAAUUUUCGAUGACGUACUUGAUUCUCAUGCGAUUCUCAUGCCCCAAUAA